AUGCUCUACUCGACCUAUCGCCCCCCCGUAGCUCCUCCCUCUUUUGGCCCAUCCAAACCUUGCUUCACCCACCCCACUGACGAAGAACUCCGCUGCUCGAGCCCACCCAAGAAAGCAGUUCCAGACUCGAAACGACGUGCCACUCACAGCCAAAUCGAACGUCGACGUCGCGAAAAGAUCAACGACUGUCUCGUCACCCUUCGCUCCAUUGUCCCAGCCUGUGCAAAGGAACUCGAAGUCCGACGUCGUCAGAAACAGGAGGAGCAAGAUGAAGCUGCUCGCAUUGCUGCUGGUGGUGCCCCCAAAACCUACAUCGAUGCCGCUACAGGAAAGCCGAAGAGGAAGAGAAACAGAAAGAGACCAGAUACAAAAAAGAAUGCGCCAGGGGAAGAAGAGUUAGGAUUGCACAAGUUGGACGUCUUGACUCAUGCGAUCAAUUAUAUUUUUGAAUUGAAGGCCGAGAUCCAUGAGUUGAAGACAGAGGAGACGCUCCAGUGCAUGGCUACUGCCCAUAAUCCUUGCGCAGUAAGCAACAAGGAUGGUACUUUCAGGCAAGAUGCCAAGGUUGAGGAUCAGGUUGGCCAUCCGGUCCCACUGACUACCCUUUCACACACGGCGAGAGGGAGGAGUGGGAAGAAGGCAGAGCAAGAUGAUCAUGAUCAUGAUCAUGAUGAGGAGGAUGAGGAAGAGGACCAGAUCGAAUAUGACCCAGUCGAAGGAGAUGAUGAGGACCAAGAUGGCGAAAAGGAGGAGGAUGAUCCACUCGAACGACGCUCCAAAAAGCGUCUUGCCUCGUCCAUCACCACCACCACCACCACCACCUCUACAUUCCCGCCACCUGCACCACCAACACACAUCCCUCGAACCGACACAACCUACAGCUCCUCUUCUUCCCGCGAAUCCGCUCAAGUCUCGCCAGCAUUCUCCCUCAUCCAUGCAUCCCCCUCAACCACCAUCUCCCCAGCCACAACCAUCGCAUCCCCCCUGAUGAGCCUCUCGGCCGAAUCGCCCAUCCUCCUGCCCGAUCCAGCCAUCUCCAUCCCCGCCAAGCGCACCUCUCGCGUAUCUCAAUCUCCAGCAUUCUCCGCUCUUCCUUGCUCUGCUAUUCCCCUACCCACCAAUGCUGCAGGAAGGAGAGAGAGUAGUACGUUUUUGUUCAAGCAACUUUCUUUGACUUCCCCUUCUUUCCCGCCUACCUCGGCCACCACUGCAUCAGGUGAAGUAAGGGGUAGAUCAACAACACUUUCCUUUCCCAGCUACGGCGAACAAUCAGAACUAAGACAAACAGGAGAAACAAAUCCAACACCAGGCUUAUCGGAUGCAACCGAUUCACCUACCACCACCACCGCUGCUGCUGCUGCUGCUGCUGCUGCUGCUGCUGCUGCUCUUCUAUUAAACUUUUCUACAAGUCCCGAAGUUCUACGCCCUGUUGGAUCUACUUGCCACAAAACAGGCAUCAGCGGAACAAGCGUGGCUAGCUCACCCCACACCAGACCGGUUAUUGGACUACCUGGUAGAAGUAGGUCAAGUUUUAGUUCUCCCCAAUACCGACCCUACCCUUCAUCCACCUCUUCCUCGGUUGGUAGCCAACCAAGAGGGGUAGGAGCAAGUGAUAAUGAAGAGAAGCCAGAGGAGCAGCCAGAGGAGCAGCCAGAGGAGCAGCCAGAGGAGCAGCCAGAGGAGCAGCCAGAGGAGCAUGUCAUGUCGGAUAACACUGUUGAUCAUCUACCCGCUCUUGCUGCGCUUGCGGUUGCGAUGAAUACUGCUACUUGA